AUGAUAUCAAUGAAAGGCUCAGGAAGCACAGCUGUGACUCUAACAUGGGCAGUGACCCUACUCUUAAACCACCCAAAAGUCCUAAAGGCUGCCCAAGAAGAGCUAGACACCCAUGUGGGAAAGGACAAAUGGGUGCAAGAAUCCGACAUUAAGAACCUCAACUACCUCCGAGCCAUUGUUAAGGAAACCCUUCGCCUCUACCCACCAGGCCCCCUCACAGGAAUACGGGAGGCCAUGGAAGACUGCAAUAUUGGUGACUGCUUUGUUCCAAAGGGCACUCGUGUGGUCAUCAACAUAUGGAAGCUGCAGCGCGACCCGCGGGUGUGGGAGAACCCGUCGGAGUUUCAGCCGGAGCGGUUUUUGACAACUCAUGCAGAGGUUGACGUUAGGGGUCAGAAUUUUGAGUUUAUUCCGUUUAGUUUUGGAAGAAGGUCAUGCCCUGGAAUUGGAUACGGCUUUCAAGUGCUUCACUUGGCAUUGGCUCGAGUGCUUCAAGGAUUUGAUAUUGCAACCGUGGGAGGCAUGAAGGUUGACGUGCGUGAAGGAUUGGGAAUUGCUUUGCCAAAGGUGGAGCCACUACAACUUGUGCUCAAGCCUCGCCUUCCUAAGGAUCUCUAUUAA